UGCCGGCGCGGCGCGGCCUUUUUCCGCCAUCUUGCCGCCUCUGUCGCCGCGGGUGAGUGAGGGAGUGAGUGAGGCAAGGCGGAGAAUCGCAGCGCCAUCGCCGCCAUCCCGCGUCCCGAAGCCGCGCCGACUCCGCCAACCGACCGCCCGCACCCGGCGCACUCCGCCGACGCCCGCAUUGCGGCGAAACAACCGCAACUUUCUGGGAAAAUAAACGCCGAAAGAUGGCCGAGGAAUGCAUAGCCGCAGGAGGGGUCAUGGAUGUCAACACUGCACUUCAGGAGGUGCUGAAAACAGCAUACAUCCACGAUGGCCUGUGUUGUGGUCUCCGGGAAGCUGCCAAAGUGCUGGAUAAACGGCAAGCCCACUUGUGUGUUCUGGCAAGCAACUGUGAUGAGGCCCAAUAUGUUAAGUUGGUGGAGGCACUCUGUGCUGAACAUCAAAUCAACCUGAUUAAGGUUGAUGACAACAAGAAACUCGGUGAGUGGGUAGGCCUUUGCAAAAUCGACCGCGAAGGAAAACCUCGCAAGGUUGUGGGUUGCAGCUGUGUCGUUGUCAAGGAUUAUGGCAAGGAUUCGCAAGCCAAGGAUGUCAUUGACAACUAUUUCAGGGCGAAGUAAUAUGUUUUAAUAAAAAAUAAAAACACUUUAAAA